AAAAAAAACGCAGAGAAACUUAAAGAUGAGAGACAUGCAAAUCUCUUCAACUCCAAUCUCACAAAAAAAAAUUAUCUUCUAAAUAAUCCAAAAUCUCUCUUUUGGUUCAAAAAUUUUUAAGCUUUUAUAAACUUUGGGGUUCUUUGAAUUUAUAUUUUCAACUAUGUUGUAUAUCAUCAAUCUACUCAGUUCAAGUUUAAGCAUGUGAAAAAAAAAAGAAAAAGCUAGAAUCUUUAUGCAAAAUUAUUUUUUUCCUGGUUUGUUUUUGGAUCAGUCAAAAUGAAUUCAAGUAGUGGGAAAUCAUAUAUGUCAACUGCUAGUUCGAGUGUUCUUUGGAAAGCUGGUGGAGAUGUAGUUGCUGAUCAGUUCCCUGCUGGUUUACGAGUUCUUCUUGUUGAUGAUGAUCCGACUUGUCUUAUGAUCUUAGAAAAGAUGUUAAAAGCUUGUCAAUAUAAUGUUACUAAAUGUAAUCGAGCCGAGACCGCAUUAUCGAUGCUAAGAGAGAACAGAAAUGGGUUCGAUAUCGUCAUCAGCGACGUUCAUAUGCCAGAUAUGGAUGGAUUUAAACUUCUUGAACAUAUUGGAUUAGAGAUGGAUCUGCCUGUUAUCAUGAUGUCUGCGGAUGAUGGAAAAAAUGUUGUUAUGAAAGGUGUUACGCAUGGUGCCUGUGAUUACCUGAUCAAACCAGUUCGUAUCGAGGCGUUGAAGAACAUAUGGCAGCACGUGGUUCGGAAGAGGAAGAAUGAGUGGAAGGACUUUGAGCAAUCGGGAAGUGUGGAAGAAGGAGAUCGGCAACCAAAACAAUCUGAAGAUGCAGAUUACUCAUCCUCAGCUAAUGAAGGGAAUUGGAAAAGCUCAAAACGGAGGAAGGACGAUGAAGAUGAAAAUGAUGAGAGGGAUGAUACAUCAACGCUAAAGAAGCCGAGGGUUGUUUGGUCUGUUGAACUCCAUCAACAGUUUGUUGCAGCAGUUAAUCAACUAGGCAUCGAAAAGGCUGUCCCGAAGAAAAUUUUGGAGUUGAUGAACGUUCCCGGACUUACUAGAGAAAAUGUUGCCAGCCACCUUCAGAAAUAUCGCUUGUAUCUUAGAAGGUUGAGUGGGGUAUCGCAACACCCGAGUAAUCUGAAUAAUUCUUUUAUGAAUCCCCAAGAUGCAACUUUUGGGCCACUCGAUCUUCAAGCUCUUGCUGCCACUGGUCAACUUCCCGCACAAAGUCUUGCCACGCUCCAAGCAGCAGGGCUUGGUCGGUCAACUGCUAAAUCAGGCAUACCUAUGCCCCUCAUUGAUCAAAGAAACAUUUUUAGCUUCGAAAACCCAAAGUUAAGAUUUGGAGAAGCGCAGCAACAACAUGUGAACAAUAAUAAGCAAACGAAUUUACUUCAUGGAAUUCCAACAACUAUGGAGCCAAAACAGCUUGCCGGCUUGCACCACACGGCGCAAUCAAUGGGAAACAUGAAUAUGCCGGUCCUUUCCCACGGUUCACAAAGUAGCCAAAAUAAUCCGUUAUUGAUGCAGAUGGCUCAGCCACAGGCUAGAGGACAAAUGCUCAAUGAUUCCACUGUCGGUCUUGCUCCAAGGCUUCUUUCACCAAGGGGGCAGUCCAUGUUAUCCAAUGGAAUGGCUACGAAUGUCUCUACAAGAAAUGGGGUUCCGGAAAAUAUCCGAGCCCCUAGUUAUAAUCCAGUUUCUCAGACGUCUUCGAUGUUUAACUUCCCCAUGAAUCACACUUCAGAACUACCUGGUAACAGUUUCCCUCUUGUAAGUACACCAGGGAUUUCUAGUCUCGCACCCAAAGUGGCUUUUCAGGAAGACGUUAACUCAGAAAUCAAAGGAUCAGUGGGUUUUAUGCCAAGUUACGAUAUAUUUAAUGACUUGAAUCAGCAUAAACCCCAAAACUGGGAACUACAGAACGUAGGCAUGAUGUUCAAUUCCUCUCGGCCUUCGAACUCUCUUCAAGGUAACCUUGAUCACACACAAUCGAUUUUAGUUCAACAAGGAUUCUUGUCCGGACAGAACAGGAAUUCAACCGUCAUAAGUAAGGCAAUGUUCUCAGCCGGAGAUAGUACUGGCCAUGUGAACGCUCAAAACAGUAAUCAACAUCUCAACUCCCUUCUUGACAAUACAGUAAGGGUCAAAUUCGAGAGAGUUGCUGAUGCGGCCCCUGCCAAUCUAUACCCUGAUCACUUCGGACAAGAGGAUCUCAUGAGUGCUCUUUUGAAACAGCAAGACAUCAUCGCACCGGCUGAAAACAACGAUUUCGAUUUCGAUGGAUAUUCCAUCGAUAAUAUUCCAGUUUAACAGGACCGGCUAAACAGUCUUGUUGAUAGAAAGGAGAGGACAGGGAAAGAAAGUGUCGGUUCAGUUUUGACAGAUGAAGAGAGAAAGAGGAUACUCUAAGGUUAUUGUUAUGCCAUGAUGGUCCCAACGGGAGAGUGCAACACGGAUCACCUCCAAAGUGAUUUUUUGAGGGAUUGCGAAGGGUCAUCUGCUAUCUACAAAUUAUGUAACAACUUGUCACGUGUCGUGCUCUAGAAAAGAUAUAACAACUUUUAUUAUUUUAUUCAUUGGAAAACAUCUAAAAACAUAAAAGGAAACAUGUGGUAUCGUUUUUUAAGAGGCAAGAUUAGAAAGUAUAAGAUGAACCCACAGUUUUAAAGGCUUUUUCAAUCCCAUCAUCAUCCAUGGUCACAAAGCUAUCCGUAAAAUGGGUUCCUUGCAGGCUUUGUUUUGUUUUCUUCCCUUCUACACCUGUCCCCUCUACUACUUCAGUUUCUUUAUAUCACCCACAUCUAGAGGUGUUCAUCGUGAUCAUCCACAUGACCCAUCUCAUUUUGGAUUGAAUUUGGAUUUAUAUUUUUUAAUGUGUGUUGAUUUAAUUCGAGUCAUUUUAUUGUUUAUAAACAGUAAAAUAA